AUGACUCACUCCAAGACCCUCCUCUUCUGUCCGCUGCGCCUCCUCUGCAAACGCAUCCUCAACAGACAGCUAGGGCACCCAGUGGGUUUUAAAGACAGCAUCACUGUCCAGCAUGGCCUUACAAGUGCGACUCUGUGGAACCCUGCUUCUGUGCAGCAUCAUCUUCUGCACUGUGGAAUCAAAGAGGAGUUGGGUACCGUGAUGUGGAUGCUGGGUCAGAACCCGACCAGAGAGGAGUUGGAUGAGAUCAUUGAGGAGGUCGAUGAGGAUGGCAACAGUACUAUUGACUUCAAGAAGUACUGGGAGAUGAUGGACAGACUGCUGAAGGAAGAGCAGUCCGGUGCGAGCGAAGAGGAGUUGGAAGAUAGCUUCCGUGCGUUCGACAAGAACGCUGACGGCUACAUCGACAGAGAGGAGUUUGCCUUCAUGAUCCGCAGCACUGGGGAGCCCAUCUCAGAGGAGGAGAUCGAUGAGCUGAUGAAGGAUGGAGACAAAAACAUAGACAGCAUGGUGGACUUUGAUGAAUUCCUCAAGAUGAUAGAGAAUGCGGAGUAAAUCCUGAAAGACUCAUGGACAUUCCUCCUCUCCCCCUGAAGUCCCGUCACUCCCAACAAUGACUCACUCCAAGACCCUCCUCUUCUGUCCGCUGCGCCUCCUCUGCAAACGCAUCCUCAACAGACAGCUAGGGCACCCAGUGGGUGGGUGCUGGUGGUCCUCCUGAGCCGCCCCCAGGGCUUCACCUGAGCAUCAGGAUUUCCACAGCCCGCCCUCCACUGCCAUCCUGCUGGUCGACAUCUGAUCUAGAUGUAGUCGAGAUAGAACAACAGCCUGUGACCUGCUGCUUAGACCAACUCAAACACUUCACUGUACAAAGGAGUUCUUCGCUUGAACAGAAUAAAUGAACUAACACAUGCUCACUUGUAGUCGUCAUAUUACUGGCCUGUG